CGUGUGGGGGCGGUGUUUCCGGCGUUUCCGUUUCCGGCAUUCCAGUUUUUCCCGUUGGUGUUUCCCGGCAUGGCUCGCAGCACUCUCUCCUCCCGUUUCCGUCGCUUCGACAUCGACCAGUACGACGAGAACCGGUUCGUGGAGGACGAGCCCGAGGAGGCGGCGGCGGAGCCCGAGGGCGGCCCCGGGGUGGAGGCGCUGCUCAACGAAGGGAACGCGAUCCGCGCCCUCCGAGCAGCCAUCGGCGGCCGCGCGGGGAAGGAGCAGGCGCAGGGAACCAUGCUGAGAGUGCUCACCGCCUUUAAGAGCAGCGAAAUAGAAGAGGCGGUGAAUUCCUUGGACAGGAACGACGUGGACCUGCUGAUGAAGUACAUCUAUAAGGGGUUUGAGAAGCCGACGGAGAACAGCAGCGCGAUACUGCUCCAGUGGCAUGAAAAGGCACUGGCAGCUGGCGGCCUGGGCUCCAUAGUGCGAGUCCUUACAGCAAGGAGGACAGUGUAGAGGACGGCAAACGGGACGGCGACCCGCUCUGGGCUCGGCUGAAGAGACACCAGUCCCUCUGUUUUAAGAGACUGAAAUGAUACAGAAACUUGAAAUGUUCUUAGCCUUUAAGGUGGGGAAAAGAGUAAAGGUCUUCCUGCGUAUUCCAACAGUCAAAUAUGGGAGCAAAGACCUUCUGCUCCCCUCUUUAAAGGCAGGGAGGCGGCACAGCCACUCCUCUCACUGUGCAAGAACAGGUAUUUUUGGGUGUGGUGGUAGAGGUCCUGCGUGCGCUGCUUGUGGAGGAGGCGGCUGUGUCCUUGGCCCAUGGGAAUCCUGGCAGCUGACAGGCAGGGGAAGCGUUCCUUGGAGCAGCAGAGUUGUACACGUUGUGGAAGGACUGACAGGAGCGUGG